UUUGCAAACGACAAGUCAAGGUUUUAAAGUUGAGAAGUAAUCUCGAACUUUCCAGAAAAAAAUUCUUGAAUCGAAGAUAUUGUCUUGAAAAAAGGAUGCGCCUUUCCGUCGUCUUUUCUUUAGUUUGUUGUUUUGUUUCGCAAGUAUUUGCACAAGAAAUAUUUAGCAUUGAAGAUGAAUAUGAAAUUAUUGAUCCUGCUCCAGUCUAUAAAGGAUGCCAGUAUCGUGAGCUUGAAAACGGGAUAACUAUACCAAAACAGGAUUCAUACGGUAUGAAUGCGUUUGUUAAAUAUGAAUGUUCUGACGGAUUCACUUUGAACGGUAUGUCGUCAUCCGGUUGUGUGAAUGGACUAUGGAUCACAGAUCUCCCAGAAUGUCUAGAAAUCGAAAAACCCAAGGUUUAUUGUAAGCCACCCAAGUUUCUGCGUGGAACAUACAGUCCUUCUGGUGUGAAAAAAUAUAGUGUCGGAUCUACAAUUACUUUUAAAUGUAGGAGCAAAUACUAUAUGAAAGGAACAGACACGGCAAAAUGUAUGCCAAAUGGAGAAUGGGACCAAAUACCAGUAUGCAAAGUUCCAUGUCCUGAACCAUCAGUGAGUCCAAAAGGAUACUAUAAAUCUCAGGCUGCACAGUCUGAAUAUUUCGAAGCGGGACACGUGAUAUAUUACUUCUGUCAACCAGGUUACGUACUACGAGGCGCCAAAUCAGUAAAAUGCCGAGAUAACGGAAAGUGGAAUGAACCGGCACCAAAAUGCGAAAUUGAUGGAUGCACGAAACAAAACAUUCAACAUGGGAAAGUUACAUCAGGCGGUGCUUCUUAUUCAGUAAAUGCUGUAAUCAGCCUGAGUUGCGACGUCGGUUACUAUGCCAUAGGACAGUCAUCGGCAAAAUGUAUGCCCAAUGGUCAAUGGGAUGCUCAACUGAGAUGCGCUGAUGGAUGCAUCGCACCUCGAAUCAAAUACAUGCAGUUGUCGCCGGCACCUGCUUCUGGAGGCAACGUAUACGAAAUCGGACACAGAAUUCGCUUCAAGUGUGAUGUCGGAUAUUCGAGCGGAACAGCCCGAGAAGCAGAAUGUAGAGGAGGCAACAAAUGGGAUCGCAUUCUUCCAAAAUGUAGUAUCUUGACCGCUAGGACGGGCUGCCCAAAGCCUUAUUUGUCUGAAGGUCUUGUACUGCUAACUCCAAAACAGUAUAUUUACCCGUACAAAGCUGAACUUGAGUUUGAAUGUUUGCCUGGAUUCAAUAUGGUCGGAUCUGCUGUUUCCAUCUGCAGAAAAGGACACGGACUGAAAGGAGGGCUCGAUCCAUUACCACCAGUGUGUGUUCGUGUUGAAUGUGGAGCUCCUGGUACACCACAAAAUGGAAAGAUUCUAGGCGGUAUAAAAAAAUCGUACGUAUACGGAGAUGUCGUCUACUUCAAAUGCGAUUCGAAAAAUAUCAUGUCUGGAUCUGACCACAUUACUUGUCAAGCUGACGGACAAUUCGAUGGCAAACCACCAAUUUGCCAACCUCCAUCAUGCAAAGUAGAAUGCAAAUACGUGAAAAAACGCAAAUGCCAAUGUGAUGCGUUAUGUAGAGAAAGGCGUGAUUGCUGUUAUGAUUUUGAGCAACAUUGCAGAAAACUCUUCUACUAAGAAGUUAUUCGGAUGAUAAAAGAUAAAGUUGCAAUAUUGAUUAAUUGUAUAUUUUUAAUUUAUUUUAAAAAUAUUGGUUAAAUAUUAAAAAUAAACACAUAUAUAUAUAAUACAAUUUGGAACGCUAGA